AUGCAGGGCCUCACCGGGAACACGAGCCACAGGCUGCCGGACGGGCCGCCCUCCACGGUUGCGUCCGGGGCGGGCCGCUGCGAGAGCGGAGCUCUCAUGCACAGUUUCGGCAUCUUCCUGCAGGGGCUCCUCGGCGUCGUGGCCUUCAGCACGUUGAUGCUCAAACGCUUCAGAGAACCAAAGCAUGAAAGACGUCCAUGGAAGAUAUGGUUUUUAGACACUUCCAAACAAGCCAUAGGAAUGCUGUUCAUCCACUUUGCAAAUGUAUACUUAGCAGAUCUUACCGAAGAGGACCCUUGUUCUCUGUACCUCAUCAACUUUCUCCUGGAUGCCACUGUGGGCAUGCUGCUCAUCUACGUGGGCGUGCGGGCCGUCAGUGUCUUGGUGGAGUGGCAGCAGUGGGAAUCCUUGCGUUUUGGUGAAUAUGGAGACCCUCUGCAGUGUGGAGCCUGGGUUGGGCAGUGUGCCCUUUACAUCGUGAUCAUGAUUUUUGAAAAAUCCGUUGUCUUCAUCGUCCUCCUAAUACUUCAGUGGAAAAAGGUGUCCCUACUGAAUCCCAUUGAAAACCCAGACCUGAAACUGGCCAUCGUCAUGCUGAUCGUCCCCUUCUUUGUCAAUGCAUUGAUGUUUUGGGUGGUAGACAAUUUCCUCAUGAGAAAGGGGAAGACGAAAGCUAAACUAGAAGAAAGGGGAGCCAAUCAGGACUCGAGGAAUGGGAGCAAGGUUCGCUACCGAAGGGCCGCAUCCCAUGAGGAGUCCGAGUCUGAGAUCCUGAUCUCGGCUGAUGAUGAGAUGGAGGAGUCUGACAUGGAUGAGGACCUCCGCAGACUGACACCCUUAAAGCCUGUGAAGAAAAAGAAGCAUCGCUUCGGACUACCCGCUGGUGCUCCGGAAGCACCCAUCAAGAAGAAGCGCCCCCCUGUGAAGGAAGAGGACCUGAAGGGGGCCCGAGGAAACCUGACUAAGAACCAGGCGAUCAAGUCUAAGACUUACCAGGUCAUGCGGGAUUGUGAGCAAGCAGGCUCCACUGCCCCAUCGGUGUUCAGCCGCACCCGGACAGGCACUGAGACUGUCUUUGAGAAGCCCAAAGCCGGACCUGCCAAGAGCGUGUUUGGCUGA